AUGACGCCACAGCUACCGAUCUCAAGGCAUCUCCAAGAGUCAAUAGCCCUUUUGCGUAGUGGUGCAACCCUACUCUUUGAUGGGAAGCGGACCGCAACGUGUGGUGACUUGAUGUACUUGUACACGCUGGCCGCCCCACGUCUCACCAAACGACUUAUGGCGAUUGCGGCCAAUGUGGGUACCGAUGGGACUAAGGCACUAGCGAUUGCGCGAAGGCGCCUCCGAGCGCAUGGCCAGGAGCUACAGUUUGGUGGUGACAAUCCGGUGGGAAGGGCCGGCGAGCUCCUAUCUCGGGAACCGCGUGCAAUCGACCGCGUAACCUAUAAAUUCAAGGACUGCAAGUUCAGCGAAGAGGGGAAUCUGCAAACCACGAAAGGGUUUAAUCACGGCGGUGCACAUCGUGGACCGGCAUACGAACGUCUGAAAAGUGGCGGAGACUCGAUCGAGGAGGAUCAAUCCGCGGUGGCCGAGCAGGUCACUGAAGAUGCGGAGGAUGUGGUGCUCGAGCUGGAAGAGGACAUGCUGCCCCUUCCUGCGACAGAUGUAGUCGUCGUGCCGACUCCCGCCCCUGCUGUUGAGGAAGACCCUGAGAGCCCGAAUUUGCGGGCGCCUUCGCUACCAUGCGGUGUGGUAGCUGAGGCUACAAAUGUCGAUCUGGCAUGCUCCCUGCCAGCUUCGGUGUUGAGUGGAGAGGUGGGAACACGAGGGGAGGACGAAGGGGCUGGGAGUGAGACGGUGGGUAUUCCUGAGGAUCAGGAUGGAGAGGCCCCGGAGGCUCACCGGGAGUCGGAGCGGCCUUCGCCCGCGUCGCCGAUCGAGACCCAGCCUAUCAGGGCUCUGCCUAGUGGGGAGGGUGGGCGUGAUCAUGUCGGUGGGCAGCCAUCAUCGACACCGACAUCGGGGAGGGUUGGAGUAGAGGUGCUAUGCGAGGGCGGUAGUACAAAUGGGGAGGGGAUGGUCGGAGACGGAGGGACAGCUGGAGAGGGAGUUGGAGUGCGGGUGGAGCGCAGAGACAUGGAGGACUUGAGGUGGGGGGAUGUCAGCGAGCUGUGGGGUUAUGAUCCGCAUCCUGAGCGUGGGGUCCGCCCGUGCUCAGAGGCGUCGUUCCUCCUCAUCCAGGCUUCGGUGUCAGGCAGGGUUCACACACCAGAUGAGGAGGCUGACUUGGAGCACGAGACCGAGACGACUGAGGCUACUACAUCAGGUGCACGUGCCGCACAAGGGGUGGAGACUCAAGAAACUGUCGCGUGCGAAGAUGAUGCAACCGAACCCGAGUCGCCUCCUCGUCGUUGGCAAGAGAGGGGAUCCAAGAAGAGGCGGCGGGGGGAGUUGGACGGGGUUGGUAACGACGAUUUGGCCAUGGAUGAUCUCGUCGAGGAGGUGUCUGUUGCGCAGCGCUUUAGUGUGCACUUCCACCAUGUCAUGGUGCGAUGUGCAACACUGGCACAAAUGAACACCCCCAUGUCUGCCGAAGAUGUGGCCGCCGAGCUCAUGUUGGCUGCUGAUCAUUGGGCUGGUCUACAUACUGGGUGUGCUAGAGGCGGCGUCACCGCACCGUCCGUGGCCCGCGCCCUUCCCGAGCACGUUGCCGCCUCACGUUUGAGCCCUUGCCGCGGUGAUCAAGUCCAUGCGCCCUCGUUUAAACCACUAAAGCGUGCGCGCAAGAUGCCACAGAGGGGGGAGGAAGAGGAGGAGUGGGAGGAGGAAGGAGAUGAGGCGGAGGGAGACGAUGAGGAGGAGGGGAGAGGGAAGCCAAUGGUAAGGAGGGCAGUGGGAGAGGUGCAGGGAGGUGGGGGAGGGGUGGACGGGUGGUGGGAGAGGGCAGUCCAGGCGAGGUUGGCGGAGAGCAGGCAGGGAAAGGCGAGGGCAGCGAGGCAGAGGCGCCGGUGA